GGGGGCCUGGGACACGGGGCCGCCACUGAGCAUCCAUACACCCUUGCAGCAGUGCAUGGGUCCCGGCAGGAGGAAGUGAUCGACCACAGGCUCACGGAGCGGGAGUGGGCAGAGGAGUGGAAGCAUCUCAACAACCUUCUGAACUGCAUCAUGGACAUGGCUGAGAAGACACGGCGGUCACUCACGGUCCUGCGCCAGUGCCAAGAAGCCGACCGCGAGGAGCUCAACCACUGGAUCCAGCGCUACAGUGACACUGAGGACGCCAAGAAGGGCCCCGUGCCUGCCACCGCCCGGCCCCUCAACAGCUCCGUGGGCGCAGAGGGGCCUCAGCUGGACACCCACCGGGAGUUCGUGCCUAGGACCCUCUCUGGCUACAUGCCCGAGGAGAUAUGGAGGAAGGCUGAGGAGGCGGUGAAUGAGGUGAAGCGGCAGGCGAUGUCUGAGCUGCAAAAAGCCGUGUCGGACGCCGAGCGAAAGGCUCACGAGCUCAUCAGCACAGAGCGCGCCAAGAUGGAGCGGGCCUUGGCUGAAGCCCGGCGGCAGGCCUCGGAGGACGCCCUGACCGUGGUCAACCAGCAGGAGGACUCCAGUGAGAGCUGCUGGAACUGUGGGCGCAAGGCCAGCGAGACGUGCAGCGGCUGCAACGCAGCCCGAUACUGCGGCUCCUUCUGCCAGCACCGGGACUGGGAGAAGCACCACCACGUGUGCGGCCACAGCCUGCAGGGCCCCGUGGCCGCCGUGGCCGACCCGGG